AUGUAUCUGACCAAGCGACCUCCAGCGGAGCUGAUCAUUCGCCGUCCCAACGGCACUGAAGACCGAUUUGUUCAGCCGACUGCGGCAGUAGUCGAGCAAGCGGCGUGCACCGCGACAAAUGACGACCACGACGCGACGUAUCAGGUCGUGAUGGAGUGUGCGCCGUACACGGCGAGUUUCAACGCUCUCCUCGCCAAGCAGUCGGUGCACGAGGACUCACGGCAGCUGGUCGCCCUGGUCCAUCAUCGCAUGCACUCCGAGGGAAUUCCCCUGAACACACAGACGUACAACCUCCUUAUGAAGCGCGUCGUCCGUUUCACUGAUGGCGCCAUUUUUACCCUCUACGACGAGAUCAAGAACGAAGGGCUCAAGGAGAACAGUAGCGUGCGGCCGGACAUGGGCACCUACAUGCUGCUGUUCCGCGCCUGCGAGCGCAGUGCGCUGUACAACCGCACUUUCGUGUUCUACCAGCAAUUGCGAGAGCAGUUUCGACUAGUGCCCGAGACGGCCGUGUACAACACCCUGCUGGGGUACUGCGCGGCCGUCCGCGACGUGGCACAGGCGACUUUCCUUGUCGAGGAGAUGAAACAGCUCAACGUCCCGCGCGACGUGAACACGUACAACUGCCUGAUGAGUGUAAUGGUAGAAUCAGCGCCUUACGCGGAGACGCUGAAGGUGUUUCAGGAGCUGCUUUCGCUCAACUUGAGGCCGUCGAAUCGGAGCUACAACACAAUCCUAAAGGCGGCGAGCCGACAUAGCGAUUAUGACCGCGCCUUCCAGCUCGUGGAGGAGAUGAAGAAGAAGGGCCUCAUCCCGGAUAUGGAGACGUACAACUACCUGAUCAGCGUGUGCGAGCAGCGGAUCGACUACGUGCGCGGUACCAGUGUCUACUCUGCAAAGCGCAGCACACGGGAGCAGAUUCUUCAAGGCUCCCAUGCCAUUGCCGAGCUUGUCAUGACACUGCUGCGCGAAAUGCGCUCAAUGCAGGUGUGUCCAGACACCUACACGUACAACAAAGCCCUCAGCAUCCUUCUCCGCUGUGAGGACGAGCGGGUGUUCGUUGUGUAUAACGAUAUGGUGCGGCACGCCAACGAGAUUGUUGACCACUCUAGCAGCGUUGGUCGCGCGACUUCAGGAUCGUCGCGUGGAUUGGGGAUAGCGAGAGGAAGUGUCAACGAACCGAAUCGCACCGAUGCCGGGAAGCUCUUGGAAGAUGCACUUCAAGCAGAGGAUGAGGAGGAAGUCGGCAACAUCCGCAGCACCGCUGUUCGACCAAACCGUGAGACGUGGCGGCAGAUGAUCAAGGCGUGUUCGUUCUACCACCACUUCACACUCGCAAAAGAGGUCAGCGCGGACAUGCGGAGAAGCGGCGUGACGCUGAGUGCCUCACUGGGGCUACUUCUUCUAGAGGUGUGCUGUGCGGCGAGGGACGUUCGAUGGGCCGAAGACCUGUUGGCGGAGCUGAAGGUGCGGGGCGUUCUCAUCGAUACACCACUCAUGAAUGCCUUCCUCAGCGUUCUCUGCGCAGCAGACGCAGGGGAAGUGGUCUUCACCGAGUAUGAGCAGAUGCGCAUGGGCAUUCACCCAACAAGUGCGUGGGCCGACACCGACACGUGCAACAUCGUAUUGCGCUACGCCUACACAAAGCCUUGUAAGGCCACAUUUGCCGAGAACCUCUGCACAAUGAUGGCGCAGCCCUACUCCACCACAGCCGCCAACGAGGAGACGUUCUGCAUUCGGCUCGAGGCCCUCACAGACAAGAUGAAUGUGCCGAUGGAAAGUGUCAUCGCCUAUGUGGAGGAUGUGGUGCACAACUGUGAUGCUCUCACCACCGCCUUCUAUCACUCUGUCCUGCAGUUCUUCCUCGUUCGUGAUGAUGCGCGCAUUCAAGCUUGGUUUGACCGACUGAGUACCGAGCACGGCAAUGCCUCCAGUGCCAGUGCCUCCGCCGCAGAUGUGCAGUGCUACACGACUCUGAUGCAGUACUACCUUUCUCACGCGCAGUACGAUAUGGUGAAGCAGCUGUUCCACAAGAUCCAAUGCAGCUCGGCGCUAGAGGCGAACGCCGAGUGCUACCAUGUGCUUUGCGAAGUCGCCCGCCGACAAGGCGAUGUGGCGGCAGUAAAGAGGGCGUUUGACCAGGCCCGCGUGAGCUGCGUUGCGCUAGACGUGCAUUGUUACAACAGCAUCCUGAUGACCCUAGUCGAGCACACGGACGCGUUUGUGUACGAUGUGCUCAGCGACAUGCAAAAGAACCGGGUGUCGCCCGCGGAGAGCACGAUGGCCGUCUUCAUCGCUGACGCGCACGGGCGCCAGGUUUUGGCGGAGGUCAUGUCUCGUGCCCUCUUCUACACACCACCACCGCCGAUUGUGCUGGAGAAGAUGAGGGCGUUAGGUGACGAAUGA